AGGAAGGAAGGAAGGAAACAUUUCUUCUCUAUCUUUCAAAGCAACAUGGGACAACAUUUCACUAACGAGGAAGGAGAACAAGUUGAGAUUGAUGUGGCUGAAUUGCAGGAAUGGUAUAAGAAAUUUGUAGUGGAAUGUCCAAGUGGGACUCUCUUCAUGCAUGAAUUCAAACGAUUCUUUGGGGUUCAUGAUAAUCAAGAAGCAGCAGAUUAUGUGGAAAACAUGUUCAAAGCUUUCGAUAAGAAUGGGGAUAACACCAUUGAUUUCCUAGAAUAUGUGGCUGCUUUGAAUCUGGUUUUGCGAGGGAAACUGGAACACAAGCUGAGAUGGACAUUCAAGAUAUAUGAUAAAGAUGGAAAUGGCUGCAUAGAUAAACCUGAGCUCCUAGAAAUAGUGGAGGCUAUUUAUAGGCUUAAGCAAGCAUACAAAUCUGAUGAAGAAAGAGCUGUUCCCGGUCUCACUCCAGAAGAAGUUGUGGAAAGAAUAUUUGAGCUGGUAGAUGAGAAUGGAGAUGGGCAAUUAUCUCUGGAUGAAUUCCUUGAUGGAGCACAGAAAGAUAAGUGGGUGAUGAAGAUGCUACAAAUCGAUGUAAGCCCAGGUGGAUGGAUUGCUAAGCAGAGAAGAAGAAGUGCACUGUUCUGAUCAUCGUUUGUGCUACUUCAGAAGCUUGAUGAGAAAAAAGCAUCCCUGUGCUUCACUCUAUUUGUCCUUGAUAGCAGCAUGCUCAGCAGCAGGGGGAAAAAACCCUCUAAUGCAACCCUUUUAAUUAUUCUGCAGUGUAGUAGCUGGGCCAC